AUGACAGAAAUUAUUGAUAAAUUUAAAGUACCAUUUUUAACAGCUCUAGCUAAUUACAAAUUGAGACAACAAAAUGAUAUAUGGACAAAUUUCAGAAAACUCUUACAAUUGUUCGAAGGAUGUGAACCUUGGAUUAUCAAUGUCAACGUAUUUCUCAAAUAUACAAUAUUGUUAGAAAUGGAAUCAAUAUAAAAUAUGGGCUUUAUUAGAAAAACCUUAGAAACUAAUUAAAUUGGUACAAAAUUAUAGGGUUAACAUCUAAAAAAUGCAUCCCAAAAAUAUAGAAAUCGCUUUCGAAAAUCUUAAAUCAGGGGAUAAUUAAUAUUCAUAAUAUUUGGCUGCUCUUAUCCAAUUCAUUAUUUAAUAAUACGAAAUAUAAAUUAAUGAAGAAUAAAUAGCUAAUUAUCUUGACGAUUCUGAUGAUAUAGAAUCAAGAAUGAAGACCUAAGAAAGUGGACUUGAUUUUUAAGAAUAGCCUUCCAUGGAUCUCUCUUGUAGCAAUAGUAAACCUAAUUCUGACAUGAGAAAAAGUAGUUGUACUCAAAGAUCUAAUACUACCGAAUCUCAUAAUAAUUGGAAUUAAAACAAAAAUACAAUUGAAACUCUAUAAAAACAUAAAAUGCAUUUAUAAUAAUAAAUUGAAUAGUAAAGAGAAAUCCUUAGAGAACUAUAAUAUGAGCAUAAUAAGACCGCUUAAUAGAUAUCCAGACUUAGUUCAAAUUCGAAGAUUGAUAAAAUUAUUAAUAAUUUGAAUAGAUCGAGAAGAUUUAUCUCAUGA